UGAGACAUUUUCUCUUAAUUUUUUAUUUUCUUUUCUCAAUUUGUUCUUUAACUGUAAGGACAAACAUCUAUACCAUGAAAGGAAAGAGAUGUCAGAGGAACACUGUUGAAGAAAUUAAAAAUACUGGUUGUGAUUUAUCUCGUUCCAUCAAUGCAGCUUAUAAAUAUAAAAUAAUUGUCUUCUAUAGUCAACGGCUGGUAUUUAAUACUCUAGAUGAUGUAAACAGAUUGUUGAAGCAGUUGUUAGUGUUCAUUGCUAGCUGCUGUUUGGCAAAACCAAAUACAGAAUGUUUCUACAGUGAAAAUAUCAUUUUCCAAGGUAGAAUUUGUGAAGAUAAAAUAUCAUUGUCGAAAAACAAACAAGCUGCUCUGUGUUGUGAGCAAGAUCAUCUGGAAAGAGAAAGAUGUUUUCACAAUCUACAAAACAAUCCACCAAUUUCACUGCCCUCAAUGGGGGAUGGCAUCAGCACUGAUGAGGAAUGUCUUGCAUGGACAGCAAAUAAACAUGGAUUUAUAGAAAGUUACCUCCAUGGAUUUGCCAGACGACUGACAAAAUUCACACCAUCACUGGCUACUAAUGUUUUCCAUUCAUUCUUGCUCAUUUACAUGAAAUGUUGUGAACAAUCAGAAAGCAGAUUAUCAUGCUUUGUCACAGAGAAAAACGUGUUUCCUGAGAAUAUGAGAACUAAAAUGCGACUAGAAAAUACAAUGUGCCUUAUGAACAAAUACUGGGAAAAUGGUCUUCGGGCUUUAGUUUUUUAUGCCAAGAUGAAGCCAAGUGAUCCACUUGAAAAGGCUAUUGAUUUUGACAAUAAUUACAUGGCACUGGCAUCACAGUGCUGCAUGUCUGAAUCACUGACUUCCGAAUGCUUUGAGACAUGGUCAGGUGUGCUCUUUGCUCAUAUUUGUUCUUUAAUGGAAAACAACCUGCAGAAAGCUUGCUGUCUCAAAAAUAUUCCUGAAAGAGAAACAUGCCUCACUGAAUUAGCAGUUGAGGAAUCCAAGACUUUGCCCAACGUAUCGAUUGAUGCUGAGCAACUAUGCAGACUUAGGCAAAACUUGCAAUUAUUAAGAUGGAUUGUAUAUGAAUAUUCCCGAAGAAACCCACAGUUCGACGUUAAGAAAAAUCUUGAUUCUGCUGUAAGGGUAAAUGGACUGAUAACAUACUGCUGUGCUACCAAUAAUCCAAGUGAUUGUAUUUCUAGCAUUUCUGAACAUUUUCAUGCAUGAUUUGAAUAUUUUGUCGUCACAAAUUAAGAAUUGAAAUGUAUGUCAGAGGUUUGAUAUAAAUAUUUUUUAAAUUUUUUUGCAAUUAUGUAAUUGGUUUUGUUAUGUUAUUGGAAUAACUCAUUGUUUCCUAAGACAAUAAAUAUUUGCAUUCUAGUUUAAAGUGAUGUAAGCUAGAAAAUACUUUCAGAAAGCUUUCCUUUACAAUACCUUACACCAGUGAUUCCCAUACUGUUGGGCAAACCCCGAAGUGGACCCAGAUCAAUAACUAUGGCAGCAAACUGAAAGUCAGUUAAGUUAUAUUUGGGGAGAAUGCUUUUUUCAAUUGUAGAUACUCCUAGAUGACCUACUUUAUGGUAAGAUAGGGUGAGAUUUGGGAUAAACAUUUAUUUUCUAUUUAAAUAUUAUGAAUAAAUGACUUAAACAGCCAUCUAGUUCUAGUAUAUUUGUAUGGUUGGAAAAUCUGCCCCCAAAAUAUGAAAAACUAGUCUUAGGGGCUGAUUUACUAAGACACGAUUUCGAAUCCGAAUUGGAAAAAUUCAGAUUGGAAACGAACAUUU